ACAAAACACAAAAUCAAAAAAAAUGUUGCAACAUCAUCAGCAUCAAGCGCAAUCAACGGGCUACUAUGACUACAAUCAAAGUCCAAGUCCGGGCAGCAUGACCAAUGCGGAUGCAAUGAAUACAACGCCAUUUUCUGUAAAGGAUAUACUAAAUAUGGUUAAUCAAACGGAAGCAUACGAAGGCUAUGGACAUCUAGAUAGCGCUGCUGCGUCGGCGCUCUAUGGCGCCGCUGAGUAUCAACAGCAGCCAAUGCUACAGCAGCAGCAACAAAUGCAGCAGCAGCAGCAGCAGCAACAAAUGCAACAGCAGCAACAAUUGCAGCAGCAGCAGCUGCUGGAGCAAGAGGAGACCAGCUCGCUAUCGCCGCUGCUGCCACCGCCGCCGCCACAUCAUGGUCAUCAUCAUCAGCUAUACGGCUAUGCAGCGCAGGACUACGGCAUGUCCAUGCAUCCUCACCAGAGCUAUCAAACGCCUUACAAUCAGUUCUAUGCCGGCAACAGUUAUCAAAGUCCCGCUGCCUACAAUUACAACUAUGCUGGCGAUGUGUAUGCCACGCCCACAGCAACAGCGCCCAUUGCAGCGCCUGUUAAAAGUGAAUACAUACCCACGCCCUAUGUAACGCCCUCGCCCACACUGGACCUGAACAGCUCAACGGAGGUGGAAUUGCAGACGCCAGCGCGUAAGCUCAAUCCCAGCCAGAGCAACAUGCGCCCAAGCGACUGCGCCAAACGCAAGGAAAGUCAAGUAACCUCCAGCCGCGCAGAGCUGCGCAAGAGCAGCAACAACAAUAACAAUGUGGCAGCCACAGGCAAGACGCGCAUGAAGCGUAAGCCACGCGUGCUCUUCUCGCAAGCCCAAGUGCUAGAGCUGGAGUGUCGCUUUCGCCUCAAAAAGUAUCUAACAGGUGCAGAGCGUGAAAUUAUAGCACAAAAGUUAAAUCUGUCGGCAACGCAGGUAAAGAUUUGGUUCCAGAAUCGACGCUACAAGUCCAAGCGCGGCGACAUCGAUGGCGACAGCGUCAUGGGCAAGCAGCUGAAGCUCAAGCCAGAGCCGCUGCAAUCGCCCAAUGCAGCCUUGCAGCCGCCGCCGCCGCCGCUGCCGCAGCAUCUCAUGUGGCCCACGCAGCAGCAACAACUGCAAUAGCUCACUUAGUCUAAUACCUCAUACUAACUACUAGUAGCUUAUAAUACAAAUGUAUAUAUAGUUGGACAAUAA